AUUCAAUAGUUCUCAUGAUUCCUCAUGUUUCUCAUGCCUUGGCAACUACAUCUUCCGGCUUCAUACCCGGGAAAUUCGUGAGAUGAUACGCGUCGAUCCAAAUCUUCUCUUCUUCGCACACCAUCACGCCGAGGCACACCAACCCAUUCAACCAAUUGUACGGACCCGGGCCCGCUUCUAAUCGCAAAUGCGAAAAGAAUUCCACAUCAUCCUGAGUGACUACAGCCUUGGGCGCUUGUGUCCAGUCCUGCUCGACUUGCUUCGCGUACUCGGUUCCUGGACCAGGACGAUACAGUCCGUGGGCGCGGACGUAGAGGUAGUGGCCGUCCGAGGUGCGCGCAGUAUACCGCGCAUCAAGCUUCAUUGACUGUAGGCACCUCGUUAGCGACCUUAUUCAUUUUUCGCAAUUGUGCGGAAUGUGUCUUCAAUCAUACGUGAGUCCCUUUGAUCACUGUGGCCCAGUCUGCUGCUCCCAAUGGCAGGACCGUUGCUUCAAUGUCAGGCCCCUUGAUGCUUCCGCGCGCGAUAGUGGCGAUGCUGCGAACGAUUCCCGCAUCAUGAGGAGCACCAAUGUUGAUUUCCUCCUUGGCAAUGUCGCAUUCCAGUCUGUACAGCCAGCUCAAGGCGGGUUGCCGCAUAGUCGGACCGUCAGGGAAGACAUCGUUUCCUGGCGAUGGAGCGGGCGACAUGGUAAUAUCGAAAACUUGAGCUGGGUGGAUUGGGUUCAGUGAAAGUUGAAGUCGAGUCCUGCCACGGAAUCAUUGCAGGAGUUCGCGACUUUUAUCGUGCCCCGGAUCUCAAAAUUAUCUACAUUGAGGAAGGAUUUAGUUCGGCGAGCUUCUCGUGAAACCCAAUUUCGUUCCCCGCAGUGGAGAUGUUCCAAACGGGCCAAUCUGCCCAGGGUGGUAUGACUGAUUAUAUCCAGACUAAAGAGGUAGGUACAACAGGCUGCAUCCGAUAGGUGAGUUACGCCCUCGGCGAUCUAUCUCCUGCUCACAUGGCGGCCUUAUUUGAGCUGAGAGCUCCUCCGAAAAAAAGCAUACCUAAAUACUUUUUGAUUCAAUUUGUCAAGAUGUCCGUUGUACUUUCAAUGUUAACCAGUGCCGCGGUCUCGCCCACUGAGCGCCAGCGUGCUCUGGAUCGAAUCCAUUCCGAUCCAGGGAUUCCCGGUGAUGCCACUACUUCUUCCUUCUGGCUUCAAACUCCACAUCCCGAGUUUUCUCAGAAAUCCUCAAAGCCUCUACCAGCCGUUGCAGAUGUCGUGAUCAUUGGAUCCGGAAUUACCGGCGCAUCUAUCGCGCGCACUCUGCUCCAAAAUCGCGCAAAGUCAUCGUCCACCUCCUCCCAUCCUGCGGUGGUUAUGCUAGAGGCUCGCGAUAUUUGCAGCGGUGCAACUGGCCGUAACGGGGGUCAUAUACUCGAGACAGCUGAAGAGUACGCCGAAAUUUCGGAUGCCUUAGGCGAAGAGUCGGCGCGCAAGCUCCUCCGAUUCAGACUGGCUCAUCUGCGCGAGAUGUUGAACGUUGCAGAAGAGCUGGGGCUGACGGAGGCGACGCAGGCCAGGAAAGUGCAAUUUCUCAGCGCUUACUUUGGUGAGGAGCCGUGGAAAGCUGCGGUAGAAAGACUGCGUCGGUUCAAGGAGGGUAUGCCCGAAGAGUCGGCUGAGUGGAUCUCGUACGAGGGGAGCUCUAUCCCGGAGGAGUUCAAGCUGUCGCGUGCCACGGGUGUUGUUGCAGGCCCAGCUGGAGCCCUCUGGCCGUACAAAUUCGUCACGGGGGUUCUCUCGCGCCUUCUCUCCGAUUAUCCAGAGGACUUCCACAUCGCAGAUCAUACUGCCGUUGAAGUCAUCAACUCCAGCAAUGGUUCAGAUCACCCUUAUAAAAUUGAAACAUCUCGUGGGACGAUUUUCGCCAAGCACGUUAUUCACUGCACAAACGCACACGUUGGCCAUCUCGUCCCGGGACUGCGAGGCCGCAUCUUCCCUGUACGCGGUCAAAUGUCUGCCCAAACACCCGGUGACAAGUUCCCACUUCAAGCUUCAAAACACUCGUGGCUCUUCAACUAUGACCGUGGGUUCGAUUACCUUACCCAGCUACCCAGUGGUCAGAUGAUGUUUGGCGGCGGCUUCGCAAGUGGUGAAGGAGGUGGUGUGGCCGAUCUGGGUAUCUCCAAAGACAAUGAUAUGAGUGUCUACCUUGACAUUCAUCUAUCCGGCGCGUUGAGUGCAGUCUUCGGACAUGAGUCCUGGGGUGCGGUGCAAGGUAACCCUAUCCAAGCGAUGUGGACCGGUAACAUGGCAUUUAGCACGGACGGAUUCCCCUGGGUAGGACAGUUGCCGAGCUCUGUGACAGGUCGUUCUGAGCCAGUCGGCAAGAAUACUGGCUCGGAGUGGGUAUGUGCUGCCUUUGGUGGCGAGGGCAUGGUUCAAGCUUGGCUCUGUGGCAAGGCGCUGGGUACGAUGAUUCUGAAGCAGGAUGAUCAGCUUGUCUCAACUGCCGAUCUGGAUCUAAAUUGGUUCCCUGAGCAGUUGCUCGUUUCGGAGAAGCGGAUUUCUGCAGCAGAGAUGCCAAGAAGUGUGGAUGAAACCGGGCGUCAAUCUCAUCUGUAAUCAGAGAGGUUGAGUAGUACCGGGAGUUCUUGGGUCAUUCACACCGUUCCUGAUGGAUCAGUAUAAUUCUAGAAGAACUCAAAUCGAUAGAAAAAGUCUUUUGGUGAAUAUGCCAUCUUCUUUAG